AUGGGAGCUCAAUAUCUUCAAGGCGAAGGUAAUAAUCAAGUAUUCGAUAUAUGUAAUCAACUGGGUUGUCUUGUCGAUGAUCAAAAUAAAUCAGAAUUAGCCGAAAGUAUAUCUGAUGUAUGCAAUCAAAUAGUAGAUAACACUGGUCAAGAAAAUUAUUCUUCAUCACUGGACUAUUUCAAAAGUAAACAAGUCUAUGAACGAGUUAAUGAAAUAGUCCAGGAUGCGAACUUAUGUCAAGCUGUAAUCGAUUGGUUAAUCAAAGGUGAAAUGGAUAAUAAUGGUGCAUCAUCAUUGAGUGAUGUUAGUCUUGGUUCCUAUCAUGAAUUUGAAGAUAGUGAAGGAAAUGACGAACGACAAUUAGGUCAGCAAGGAUUUCGUUCAUUUAUUGAAUAUCUUCGUUCAUCAAUAUCUGAACAUAAAAUUCAAUUAAAUUGUGAAGUAACAAAAGUAAUGAGUGAAUGGUAUAAGAAUCGCUUCAUUUGUGGAGCAUACAGCUAUCAUUCAGUACGAUCUUCACGAGAAGAUCAUGAAUUAUUGCAAAAACCUUAUAUACCGGGCAAACUACCACGUAUAUUGUUUGCCGGCGAAGCAAUUCAUACACGAUUCUUUUUCACUAUUCAUGGUGCUUUUGAAAGUGGAAUACACGAAGCACAACAAAUUUUAUCCAUUUUUGAAGACAAUCAAUAA